UUAUCAAAGUUCCUCAUCCUCAGUCACCAUUAGACCAAUUUACUUAUUAGUUCGUAUUAUUUCGAUAAUUAUAACUAUUUUAUGCAAUUAUUAAAUCAGCUAGUGUUCAUUAAGUAGUGUUAAAUUGUUCUAUUGUGAUGAUUCGAACAACCGAAUAAAACAUACUCAUUACAUGUUCAAAAGUAAGUUAGCUGCUGACUUUUAGUGAUGUCUCGUAGUCGCCAUGAAAGUUCAAGCCGCCAUGAAAAUCCAGAUUGCAAGGUUUACAUCGGAGAAUUAGGUUUUAAUGCUUCGAAACAAGACGUCGAAGACGCAUUCUCAUAUUAUGGUCCAAUACGUAAUGUUUGGGUGGCUAGGAAUCCACCAGGUUUCGCAUUUGUCGAGUUCGAAGACGUUAGAGAUGCCGAAGAUGCAGUCAAAGAAGUUGACGGCAGAAGAACCGUCUGUGGAAGACGUGUUCGUGUAGAACGUGCUGGCAAUAGACGUGGUGGUAGAGGUGGAUUUAGAGGACGCCCGUACCGUGGUGGCGGUGGUGGUCACGGAGGACGAUCUUUUCACCCCGAAGAUCGAUGCUUCGAAUGUGGAAAUCGAGGACACUAUGCCAGAGAGUGUAGACAUAGACGUGGAGGAUGGCGAAGUCGAGGUCGAGGUGGUGGCCGGUCAUACAGCAGAUCAAGAUCCCGUUCAGGAUCACGUGAUCGCCGUACAAGAUCCCGCGAUCGUCGUUCAAGAUCUCGGGACCGUCGUUCAAGAUCUCGCGAUCGUCGCAGUAGGUCGCGUGAUCGUCGAUCCAGAUCUCAUUCAAGUUCCCGCUCUCGUUCCCGUUCGCAUUCACCAUCUCGUACUAGAAAUAAUAAGCGUAGCAGAUCUCGUUCUGAUUCACCACGUAAUAACGAUCGUAAAGCCAAAUCAAUAUCUAGAUCACGUGAUCGAUCAGUUUCCAAAUCGAAAGCCAAAUCCGUAUCUAGAUCACGUGAUCGAUCAGUUUCCAAAUCGAAAGCCAAAUCAGUAUCUAGAUCACGCGAUCGAUCAGUUUCCAAAUCGAAAGCCAAAUCAGUAUCUAGAUCACGUGAUCGGUCAGUUUCCAAAUCGAAAUCCAAGUCGAGGACUCCGGCUCCGAGGAAAGCUAGUUCUGGAUCUCCUGCGAGAAACGGUGAUGCUUAAUUUUCUGCUACCUUUUUUUUUUCUAUGCUAUUUCUCAGCCUCACAAUUCAGUUUAAUUUUGACACAUUCUUCUUGGAAGUGAUACAGAAAGUCUUAAUUUUUAAGUUCACAUAGACGAACAGUUGGUUUGCAAUAAUUUUUCUUUUGUAUCUAUUACCUUUUUUUUCGUUUUGUGUUAUUUCACGGUGAAAUGAAAAAUUAAACAUUUAAUGCUAAA